ACAGGCAAGAACCUCUCCAGGAGCUGUUUGCCAGACUCACCCAGUUACUGGGAACUGAACCAACCACCCUUCCCCUCCCCACACACACUCAGCUCCACAGACAAGCCCUGGGUGUGCAGGAGGGCUGUGGCUGGGAAGGAGCUUCCCUACUCCGAGAGCUGCCUGGAUCUGGAAACCUUCCUGUGGCUCCUUCCCUGCUGGACAGGUCGGGUGACUUUGGUCUCCACCGGCCACCAUGGAUUGGAAAACACUGCAGGCACUGCUCAGCGGGGUCAACAAGUACUCCACAGCCUUCGGCCGCAUCUGGCUCUCCGUGGUCUUCGUCUUCCGCGUCCUGGUCUACGUGGUGGCGGCCGAGCGCGUGUGGGGCGACGAGCAGAAGGACUUUGACUGCAACACGCGACAACCGGGCUGCACCAACGUCUGCUAUGACUACUUCUUCCCCAUCUCCCACAUCCGCCUCUGGGCCCUGCAGCUCAUCUUUGUCACUUGUCCCUCCCUCCUGGUCAUCAUGCACGUGGCCUACCGGGAGGACCGCGAGAAGAAGAACCGGGAGAAGAACGGGGAGAAUUGCCCCAAGCUCUACAGCAACACGGGCAAGAAGCACGGUGGGCUGUGGUGGACCUACCUGCUCAGCCUCUUCUUCAAGCUUAUCAUAGAGAUCCUGUUCCUCUACCUCCUCCACAAGAUGUGGGACAGCUUCGACUUGCCACGGCUGGUCAAGUGCACCAACGUGGAUCCCUGCCCCAACACCGUGGACUGCUACAUCGCUCGCCCCACCGAGAAAAGGGUCUUCACCUAUUUCAUGGUCGGAGCCUCCUCCAUCUGCAUCAUCCUCACCGUCUGUGAGAUCUUCUACCUCAUCUUCAAGCGAGUUGUCCGCGGUGCACGGAAGUGGAAGAAAUCCACCAAGCGCUCCGUCAGCUACAGCAAGGCCUCCACCUGCCACUGCCACCUCAAGUCGGAGGAGAAGGACAACAAGUCCCAGACUAGAGGAGAGGAGCUGUGAGCUCGCCCGUCCCAGCUGGUUCACAUUCCCCUUGGUCCAGCAGCUUUUCCAGCCACCCCUGAACCCUCAAGAGCCAACCUGUGUGAAAAAUGACUAAACCCAACAAACUAACAUCCCUGGAGAGAGACCCAUGGGUGCUUGAGCAGACGCAGGUAAGGCGAGGGCAGCCCUGGAGCUCUGCCAGAUGCACAGAGUAGUGCCACAAGCUUGGACAUCACAACGACACACAGAUCCUCCCAUAUCUCCUCAGGUCCUCCAGCUCUGCUGCUCCCAUGGUGGGUGUGAGUGCACUCACUGGUGCCCAACCAGAGCUGGUGUCACCCAGCAUGGUGGCAGUCCCAGCUUGCUGUGCCUCACAAGUGCACAGUCCCAAGCACUGUUUCAUCCUCCUGUAUUUUGUACCAAAAAACCCAAAGGGAUUUUGGGCUCGGCACCACAGCAGGAGCUCUCUUCAUGCACCUGAAGCAAUGACAGAGGAGCAGAGCUCCAGGCUGUUGCCAACUGUUCUCUCGGCCCAGUUUGCCCAGUUUGACAGUAUUGGGGCAGGGCAGCUUCUCCCCCUUGGCUCACACGAGCGCCGUGCCACAUCUUGCCCAAAUGCCACUGCUGUCUCUGCUGCUUCCCUUGGUGCCUCUGUGUCCCACUCACCUCGGACGGACACGUCACAUAUGGCACAAGCUACGGAUCCAAUAAAACAUUGCUUGGAGACACUGGAAUCUGCUCUGUCCGCUGGAAAUCGGGGGGACUGGUGAGGGCAGAUGACAUGGAUUUGCAGAGGUUCCCCAGGAGCCCGCAGCCGGG